CCUGGCCGAGCUCUCCAUCGUCGCCGACCACCGCAGUUCCUCGUCGCCGGCCAGGAUGCCUUCUUGGAAUGAUGGGGAUGAGAGCUCCGACGACAGCAUGGGGGGCAACCUGAUGGACAUGGAGUACUUUGACACACCUGACACCAUCCCUGAGCCACUCUGGUGUGGUGCUCCCAUGGAGGAAGUUUCCAAGUGUACUCUGCACCAUAUGAAGCCUAGGAAGUGUGUUGCUUUUGAAGGUGCUAACACUGGGAGGAGGUUCUAUGGAUGCCCUGUUCAGGGAGGUGUGAAUUGUGGUGUAGUUCAGUGGGUUGAUCCUGCCUGGCCUGAUGUACUUAAGAACUGCCUCAUCAAGUUGUGGGAAAUGUUCCAUGAGCAAAACCUUGGAAGGAUUCAAGACAAGCAUGCAUAUGAGGAUGAGGUUGCCAAGUUGAAGAAGGACUAUGAUCAUCUCUGCACUGAGUAUCAUAAAAUGGUUGAUGAUGUUAGCAAGAUGUUUGACUGGCAGGAUGGUGUUGGCAAGAUUGACUACCAAAAAGCAAUGGAUGCUGAGAAAUUUGAGAAGCAGAAGGAAGAGCUAGAGCUGGAGAUGAAGAUGGAGAAGCUAAGGCUAGCAAAAGAACAGAGGUGUAUCCUUCAGGCCCAGGCAGACAUAAUUCACAACACCAGGAAGGCAAUGAAAGAGAUAAAGGUGGACAGGGAUCUUCUUGCACAAGAGAAGACAGAGCUUGAGAAAGUAGUUGCUGAUCUGCUGAAUGCUGGCCAUGGGAGCAAGGAAAAGCUUGAGAAAAUCAAGGCCAUACUGGAGGCUUGAAGAUUUGGACAAUGGUGGUUAAGUAAGUAAGGUGGCCUACACAUAUAACAGGCCUUGCAAGAUGAUGGUAGGAGUAUAUUUUGUGCAGUCCUAUAUGAACUGUUUAAGUUAUGGUAACUAGAGUGGUGGAGAACCUUUGCUAAG